AUUGAAUCCAUUUGAAACGACAUGCAAAGUGGGGACUCGCGAGGGGAUUGAAUCCCCCCACUCCCCAUACCCUGGUGUAACCCCAAUUUCUUUGGACUUGCUUGGGAAAAUGGGCAAAGCGACAGGCUGGUGGUGCACACAGUGGCAUUGCUACUUGCAGCACUGCUCACGACUAGUAAAAGUAGUAACUAUGGGAGCAUGCCUAACUAGUUGUGGUGAAAAUUAUGGGAUGGAUUGUCAUGGCAACAGACCAGACGUCACAAUUUGGGCAUGUGUUCCAUUUUUGUCUUUCUUAUUUUCAGACUGGAGGACUUAGAUAAGUGAAGAGUGGAAAAGGAAACAGAUUUUUUUCCCAACAAAAAGAAGGAAGCCAUCUUUCUUGAAAAUAAAUGGUAUUUACACAAGUAUCAUACAAUUAUUUUCCGGGAGGCACGAAGAGGUGAACAGUGGCAUUUUCAGGGUUAACUUUCAGAGAGGUUUUUUUUUUGUAUGCGAUAAAGAUGCCUGGGUCGUUAAGCAAUGAAGACGAGGGACAAGACGACAUGGAUUUUGAAGACGAGAUACCAGAUGAGGAUGGGGAGGGUGAACACAACACUGUCCCGCUCACAUCUCUGGACAGCUUCUUCUCUGACGACGACUCCCUCAAACAACAGAAGAAGAAGAAACCUAAAAAGAUGAAGGAGGGCAAGAUGCCCAAAGUCAAGAAGAGGAAAAAGGAGGGAGGAGGAGGUGGCGGAAUAGGAGUUGGUGGCAAUGACCCGGAGGAGCAGGCCUCAGAGCGGGAGGAUGACCAUCCACUGCAACGUCCAGAGAUUGGCUCAGAGAGCGAGAGCAGCACCUACGCCCCCGCCCCCACCACAAAGAAGAAAAAGAAGAAACCAAAGGAGAAGAAAGAGAAGAAACCCAAACGGAAGAAGAGAGAGGAGGAGGAGGAGGAUGAUGACGACGAUGAUGAUGACGACGACGAUGAUGAUGAAAAUAAUAAGGAGCCCAAGUCAUCCAGCCAGCUGAUGCAGGAGUGGGGUCUGGAAGAUGUGCAGUAUGGCUUCACAGAGGAGGACUAUACAACCCUCACCAACUACAAGGCUUUCAGCCAGUUCCUCAGGCCACUUAUUGCCAAGAAGAACCCUAAGAUCCCCAUGUCAAAGAUGAUGACAGUGUUAGGGUCCAAGUGGCGUGAGUUCAGCGCCAACAACCCCUUCAAAGGCACCUCCGCAACUGCUGUGGCUGCCGCGGUGGCUGCUGCCGUGGAAAUGGUCACUGUGGCCUCGCCCAUCUCUGUCAAAGAGGUGACCACUCUACCAAGCUCUCAGCCUGGGCCAAUCAGAAAAGCCAAAACCAAAGAUGGAAAGGGGCCUGGGGUAAGACGGAAGACAAAGACUGUAAAGGAGGUGAAGAAGAAAAGUAAAGGGAAGAAGACCAAAUCCAAGAAGAAAGCCUCCUCGAGUGAAGAGGACUUUGGGCUGGAGGAGUCGGACUUUGAUGAUGUCAGCAUCCACAGUGCCUCAGUGCGCUCUGAUACCUCGGGGAAUGCCAAGAAGAAAGCCCGGAAGGGUCGGAAAAAAAGGAAACGAGAGGAUGGGGACGGCUAUGAGACAGACCACCAGGACUACUGUGAGGUGUGCCAGCAGGGAGGGGAAAUCAUCCUGUGUGACACCUGUCCCAAAGCUUACCACCUGGUGUGUCUGGACCCCGAGCUGGAGAAGGCCCCCGAGGGCAAGUGGAGCUGCCCCCACUGUGAGAAGGAGGGCAUCCAGUGGGAGGCCAAAGAUGAUGAUGAUGAGGAUGAGGAGGAGGAGGAGGUUGCGGUUGAGGAAGAGGAUGACCACCUGGAGUUCUGCAGAGUGUGUAAAGAUGGAGGGGAGUUGCUGUGCUGUGACACCUGCCCCUCCUCCUAUCAUAUCCACUGCCUCAACCCUCCCCUGCCUGAGAUACCCAAUGGGGAGUGGCUGUGCCCACGCUGCAUGUGCCCACCUCUGAAGGGGAAGGUACAGAGGAUUCUCCACUGGACUUGGGGGGAUCCCCCUUUACCCACUGAGGUGCCCCCUGGCCCUGAUGGAGAGAUGGUGGACCUGCUGGUCAAGCCAGCCCUGAAGGGCCACCCGGAGAGGGAACUGUUUGUCAAGUGGGCUGGUCUCUCCUACUGGCACUGCUCCUGGGUCAGCGAACUACAGUUAGAGCUGUACCAUGCAGUGAUGUACCGUAACUACCAGCGGAAGAACGACAUGGACGAGCCCCCUCCGUACGACUACGGUUCUGGGGAGGAGGAGCUGAACAACGAGAAGAGGAAGAGUAAAGACCUGCAGUAUGCUGCCAUGGAGGAGAGAUUCUACCGCUACGGCAUCAAGCCAGAGUGGAUGGUCAUCCACAGGAUCAUCAACCACAGUUAUGAUAAGGAUGGAGAUGUGCACUACAUGAUCAAGUGGAGAGACCUGCCCUAUGACCAGUGCACCUGGGAGGUGGAUGACUUUGAUGUCCCUGAGUAUCACCACAGCAAACACUCCUACUGGGACCACAGGGAGCAGAUGAUUGGUGAUGACCAGCGCCCCUUAGUGGUGAGAAAGGGAAAGAAGGGUAAAGAGGAGGAGAAGAGGAGGGAGAGAGAAAUCCCCCCCGAUGCCCCAAUUAUAGAUCCUACCAUCAAGUUUGAACAUCAACCCUGGUACAUCAAUGCCACUGGGGGCACCCUGCAUCCGUACCAGCUGGAGGGUCUGAACUGGUUACGGUUCUCCUGGGCACAGGGCACAGACACUAUCCUGGCAGACGAGAUGGGCCUGGGCAAGACUGUCCAGACCAUCGUCUUCCUCUACUCGCUCUACAAGGAGGGUCACUCCAAAGGGCCAUACCUGGUCAGUGCCCCCCUGUCCACCAUCAUCAACUGGGAGAGGGAGUUUGAGAUGUGGGCCCCAGACUUCUACGUGGUCACUUACACUGGGGACAAAGAUAGCCGAGCGGUCAUCAGGGAGAACGAGUUCACUUUUGAGGACAGUACAGUCAAGACAGGUCGCAAGGUCUUCCGUAUGAAGAAAGACAGUACCAUCAAGUUCCAUGUGUUGUUGACAUCAUAUGAGCUGAUUACCAUUGAUCAGACCAUUCUGGGCUCCAUUAACUGGGCCUGUCUAGUGGUGGACGAGGCCCACAGACUGAAGAACAACCAGUCAAAGUUUUUCAGAAUCCUCAACGGUUAUAAGAUCUACUAUAAGCUGCUGCUGACUGGCACUCCUCUGCAGAACAACCUGGAGGAGCUGUUUCACCUGCUCAACUUCCUCACCCCGGAGAGAUUUAAUAACCUGGAGGGCUUUCUGGAAGAGUUUGCAGACAUCUCCAAGGAGGACCAGAUCAAGAAGCUGCAUGACCUGCUGGGCCCACACAUGUUGAGGAGACUGAAGGCUGAUGUCUUCAAGAACAUGCCUUCCAAGACAGAGCUCAUCGUACGAGUGGAGCUCAGCCCCAUGCAGAAGAAGUACUACAAGUUCAUCCUGACGCGGAACUUUGAGGCGCUCAACUCCAAGAGCGGGGGCAACCAGGUGUCCCUUCUCAACAUCAUGAUGGACCUGAAGAAGUGUUGCAACCACCCCUACCUGUUCCCAGUGGCAGCCAUGGAGGCGCCAGUGUUACCCAAUGGCUCUUAUGAUGGGAACCAGCUGGUCAAGUCCUCAGGCAAACUCACCCUGCUCCAGAAGAUGCUGAAGAAACUCAAAGAUGAAGGACACAGAGUUCUCAUCUUCUCCCAGAUGACUAAGAUGCUGGAUCUGCUGGAGGACUUUCUGGAAUAUGAGGGCUACAAAUAUGAACGCAUCGAUGGAGGCAUCACAGGGGGGCUACGACAGGAGGCUAUCGACCGCUUCAAUGCACCGGGCGCACAGCAGUUCUGCUUCCUGCUCUCCACCCGCGCUGGAGGCCUGGGCAUCAACCUAGCCACGGCAGACACCGUCAUCAUCUACGACUCAGACUGGAACCCUCACAACGAUAUCCAGGCAUUCAGCAGGGCCCACCGUAUAGGUCAGAACAAGAAGGUGAUGAUCUAUCGCUUUGUGACACGGGCCAGCGUGGAGGAGCGUAUCACCCAGGUGGCCAAGAGGAAGAUGAUGUUGACCCACCUUGUGGUGAGGCCCGGCCUGGGCUCCAAAACCGGCUCCAUGUCCAAACAGGAGCUGGACGACAUCCUCAAGUUUGGCACUGAGGAGCUCUUCAAGGAUGAGAUGGAGGCGGCCGCUCGGGCCAUGGGUUCCCACCAGAAACUGUGGGACAUAAAGGAUGGAGAUGAGGGCAGUGUCAUUCACUAUGAUGACAAUGCCAUCUCCAAGCUGCUGGACCGUAGCCAGAAUGCCACGGAGGACACUGAGAUCCAGAACAUGAACGAAUACCUCAGCUCCUUCAAGGUGGCCCAGUAUGUGGUCAAAGACGAGGACGCGGAGGAGGAGCCCCAGCGGGAGAUCAUUAAGCAGGAGGAGAAUGUGGAUCCAGACUACUGGGAGAAGCUGCUGAGGCACCACUAUGAGCAGCAGCAGGAGGACCUGGCCCGUAACCUGGGCAAAGGCAAACGCAUCCGCAAGCAGGUCAACUACAACGACACGUCUCAGGAGGACCAAGAGUGGCAGGAUGAUCUUUCAGACAAUCAUUCCGAGUACUCCGUGGGGUCCGAGGACGAGGACGAAGAUUUCGAGGAGAGGCCGGAAGGUGGGCGCAGGCACUCUCGCAGACAGCUGAAGAGUGACAGGGACAAACCUCUGCCACCCCUGCUGGCACGCGUAGGGGGCAACAUCGAGGUGCUGGGGUUCAACACCCGUCAGCGGAAGGCCUUCCUCAAUGCUAUCAUGCGCUGGGGCAUGCCUCCUCAGGACGCCUUCAACUCUCACUGGCUGGUCAGAGACCUGAGAGGGAAGAGUGAGAAAGAGUUCAGGGCCUAUGUGUCCCUGUUCAUGAGACAUCUUUGUGAGCCGGGGGCAGACGGAGCAGAGACCUUUGCAGACGGUGUCCCACGAGAGGGGCUGUCCCGCCAACAUGUCCUCACCAGGAUCGGAGUUAUGUCUCUGGUCAGGAAAAAGGUCCAGGAGUUUGAGCAUGUCAAUGGAAAGUACAGCACUCCAGACCUGAUCCCACUUGGACUAGAGUUGAAGAAACUGACUGAGAGUCUGUCCUCUGACCCCAACACCCCUGUCCCUGCCAGCCCUGCAGCCACACCCCAGCCUCCUGGCACUCCUGUCCCACCAGAGAAGAUGGACUCAACCUCAGGGCCUACUGAAGACAAGGAGACCACAGAAUUAGAGUACAAGAAACUACAAGAACUGGAGACUAAUCUAAGUACAGAGUCAUCUUCCCAGGUAGGGAAGACAGACAAGGCUGCUGACAGGGAUGAGACAGUGAAGUGCAGCACAGAGGACAAGCCAGUCUCCUCAGAGGAGAGUAGUGAAAGGACAGACACACCCUCCACACUUCCAGAGCCAUUCACCAAUCCUAAAGAGCCUCCAUCCAAACAGACAGAGCUGUCGUCCAAUCAAAGCUCACCAAAAGCGGAGCCUUGUAGAGAGACAGAGAAGUCUUUAGAUAAAGGAGACAGUGAUCCUCCCCCAGCCAAACCUGAGGAAAAGGAACUGAAGCCAGUUUUUUCAGACGAGCCCAAGAGCGAGGACAUGCCAGUGCCCGAGGGCAGGCUUAAUGGUGAGAAAGAAGCACAGGAGGAGACGGAGGACAUCAGGAGGGAGGUGGAGAAGAACGGCUUCAAAAUGAGGUUCAUGUUCAACAUCGCCGACGGAGGCUUCACAGAGCUACACACCCUGUGGCAGAACGAGGAGCGGGCCGCUGUGUCAUCUGGGAAGAUGUAUGACAUCUGGCACCGUCGCCACGACUACUGGUUGCUGGCUGGCAUCGUAACACAUGGCUAUGCCCGCUGGCAGGACAUUCAGAACGACCCACGUUAUGCCAUCCUCAAUGAGCCCUUCAAGACUGAGAUGCACAAGGGGAACUACCUGGAGAUGAAGAACAAGUUCCUGGCUCGCCGCUUUAAGCUGUUGGAACAGGCUCUGGUGAUAGAGGAGCAGUUAAGAAGGGCAGCGUACUUGAAUAUGACCCAGGACCCCAACCACCCGGCUAUGGCCCUGAAUACCCGCUUUGCUGAGGUGGAGUGUCUGGCUGAGUCCCACCAGCACCUGUCCAAGGAGUCUCUGGCCGGAAACAAGCCAGCCAACGCUGUGCUGCACAAAGGUCUGUCAUCUCCCAGUGUGUACACAGCAGCAGGACUAAAACACUGUCUACAAACUCAAGAUCUGGUACUGAACCAGCUGGAGGAGCUGCUGAGUGAUAUGAAGGCAGAUGUGACGCGGCUUCCCAACAUGUUGUCCCGGAUCCCCCCGGUGUCUGCCCGUUUGCAGAUGUCUGAGAGGAGCAUCCUCAGCCGCCUCACCAGCCGCGGCAAUGAACCUCCACCCCAACAGCCGUUCGGCCAGAGCUCAUUUGCCUGUUCCCAGAUGUACAGCACUGGUUUUGGGGGCAGCUUCCGGGGGCCUGUGGGAGGAGCCAUGGUCAACUACAGCCAGAUGCCCCUGGGACCCUACGUCAGUGUGUCCAACGGCCCCCCACCCCCGUCCAGCCACCUGGACAAGAAGUCCUGCGACCCGCUGAGGGACGUCACCACCCCUGACCUCAAGUCAGGCAAACCCAGUGAUGUCAUCUGUAUUGAAGAUUAGAUCAGCUAUCCCAAAAUUGAUCUGGAGUCAGCCAAGCCCAGGGAUGUCAACUAUUAUAUAAAUGAUUACAGAAUCUUCGCACCCCCCCUUCCUCAUCCUCCCCUCUCCUGUAAGAAGCUCUCUGUCUAUGGAUCAGAGAAUAAUACACAGAAGUAUUUAUCUAUCGUAUGAAUUGCACUUCUAUCUUUCGAGGAUUCUUCAACAUACUUCAUGCAGUAGCUAUUUGCUUUUAUGACUUAGGUUGGUGAGUCAAGCAGAGGAACAGUCUAUUAGGAUGUGAGAGUCAAACGACCUCAGACGCCCGGCUUCUGCUAACUGACACGUGGAAGGGAAGUGAUCUUAUAGAAUGACUGGAACCGCCCUGUCUGAAGGGGAAAGUAUUGGCUACAGGAAGAGCUGCAAAAAGUGAAAGUACACAUGGUCGAUGAGCCGGUGGAGGUGCCAAUGCUCCGGAGCUGCUGUAAUGAGAAUCAUCUGUGUCUAUUCAUUGACUUUAGGCCUGGCUCUGCUCGUUCAUUCUGAGUCUUUUCCUUCUGCGUUCAUCUUUUGCCUAUUCUUUGUGCAUCGGGACCGACCUCUGCUGGAGCAGUGUGCUUUAGCUACGUACACAUAGAAGGAAAAUAGAACUAUGAAGGCAUAAGGCUCCCAUCCUAGAAUUAUAGAGCUCAUAAGUGGGUGCUGAUACGGCAGCCACAUCUCUCAUUAUGUUUACUUCGUGUUAGUUUUUAUAGUUUUAUGGCAGAGCCUUGAGUUGGAACUUGUAAGAAUAAGCGUGACUUUAAGGAAGUACAGCUACACUAUGCCUCAACCCCUAAAGACUGCCAUCUCCCGCCUCUGGAGAAAGGGAUCCUAGUUACAGAGCUGCAUUAGCUAUUAAUAUACUAAGGGGUUCUCCCAUGUAAUGUACAUAGUUCAAGAGACUGCUGUUUAUUUUGCCUUGCAUUGUCAUUGUGAAUUUGACGCAUACAUGCAUAAAACUGUAACAGGCUGGAUUAGUGCAAAAAGUGAAGAUCACAUAGAAGUUACUAGCCUAUUUCUGCAAAUGUACAUGUAUUUCUUUAAUAUUUGAAUGUGAUUAUUGGCCAACCUCCGGGGCCAUGACUAGUGUGUGUUAUAAACAGAAUUUUCUCCUGUCUGUCAUAUGGUUGGGAUGUCAAGCUAACUGUGUACUGGACAUGGUGCUGGAUGGGAGUAAUUCUGUUGCCUUUAACACAUACAAGUUAUUGUGUUAUUGUUCCCCAAAGCGCCUCCUUCCCUCCCUCUUCCAUUGUGAGAAAUUAAAAACUAAAAAGUGCUUAUGACACUACGUCACCUUUUGGCCUGGGUUUCAUGUUUUCCAUGAAAUGUGCGUUAUUGUGUGUGCUUCUUUUUAAGGUAAAGUGUUAUUUCAGAAUGUACUGCUUUAGUGCCACUUAAAGAGGUCUGCUCACUCCAUGGCCCUGAUGGCUAAUGUCCCAGAUUGUAUGCUUGAUAAUCUUAUAAAUGGGUGGAAUUAUUUCCAUUGAGAACUGAGGGCAGUGGUUGAAUAAGAUAGCUAAUUCAAUCAUCAAUAGAUUAUAAUCUUCAUAGAGGUUUUGAUAGCCAAGGUUGGAUAGCCAUACAGUAAAAGUAUCAAAAGCUGUUUUUGUUUUCUUGUUUUUUGAUGUUUUGUUUUAUAUGGGUUCCUUGGAAUGGAACUGUUUAUUGCAUUACAUGUUGUGAGGACUAAACCGUAUCUGAGCGACAGCAUGGAUUCACUUGACAAUACGUUUUAUUCCAUCUGUCUGCUAAUGUGAAACUACCUUUUUAUAUGUUCAAUGAGACUUAAUUUGUUGAGAUUUUUCAUGAAUGUGUGUAUUACAUUUACUCAUUGAAAACCUUAAAGGCCCCAGUGCAGUCAAAAACGUGAAUAACCUGUGUUUUAUAUAUAUUUCCACACUAUGAGGUUGGAAUAAUACUGUGAAAAUGAUGAUUAAUGUCCUUUUAGUGUAAGAGCUUUUUGAAAAGACUGCCUGAAAUUUCAACCUAUUUUCAUGGGACGGAGUUUUGGCCUGCCUGGUGACAUCACCAGGCGGUAAAUUAGUUAACAGACCAAUUUGUAAGUCGCUCUGGAUAAGAGCGUCUGCUAAAUGACUUAAAUGUGAAAUGUGAAAUUAGAAAGAGAGCUCCAAACCUCUCAAUAACAGCUAGUUUUCAGUUUACCCUCCCCACUCAAGAUCACUCCCAGACAGUCCUGGCAAAAUUCUUGCUUGAAAUAUUGCUCUUUGCUAAAAAAAAUAAAUAAGCUUUUUGUUUCAUUUUUAUCAUUUUAAUCAAAAACAAUCACAGUAAGGCAAUUAAUUGUUACCCAGAAAUAAUUUUAUAUUGAGAUAAGAACGUCUGCAUUGGACCUUUAAAUGAGAUGUUUGCUCUUAUUUUUCUCUCAAAGACUAGAGGCAUUACACUACCGUUCAAAAGUUUGGGGUCACAUAGAAAUUUCCUUGUUUUUGAAAGAAACAAAUAGCAUCAAAUUGAUCAGAAAUACAGUGUAGACAUUGUUAAUGUUGUAAAUGACUAUUGUAGCUGGAAAUGGCAGAUUUUUUAUGGAAUAUCUACAAAAGCGUACAGAGACCAAUUAUCAGCAACCAUCACUCCUGUGUCGCAAUAGCACGUCCAAGUUUAUCAUUUUGAAAGGCUAAUAGAUCAUUAGAAACCCCUUUUGCAAUUAUGCUAGCACAGCUGAGAACUGUAGUCAUUUUUAAAGAAGUAAUAAAACUGGCCUUCUUUAGACUAGUUGAGUAUCUGGAGCAUCAGCAUUUGUGGGUUUGAUUACAGGCUCAAAAUGGCUAGAAACAAAGUACUUUCUUCUGAAACUCGUCAGUCUGUUCUUGUUCUGAGAAAUGAAGGCUAUUCCAUGCAAGAAUUUGUCAAGAAACUGAAGAUCUCGUGUAACGCCGUACUACUCCCUUCACAGAACAGCGCAAACUGGACCUAACCAGAAAAGAAAGAGGAGUGGGAGGCCCCUCCGCAAUAAAAAAGUGCAUGGCGCCAAAUUCAAAACAACAAAAAUCUCAUACUUAAAAUUCCUCAAGCAUACAAGUAUUUUACCACAUUUUUAAAGAUAAAACUCUCGUUAAUCCAGCCACAGUGUCUGAUUCCCAAAAGGAUUUACAGUGAAAGUACCACAAACGAUUAUGUUAGUUCACCACCAAGCCACAGAAAAACACAGCCAUUUUUCCAGGCAGAGAGAGGAGUCACAAAAAGCAGAAAUAUAGAUAAAAUUAAUCACUAACCUUUGAUGAUCUUCAUCAGAUGACACUCAUAGGACUUCAUGUUACACAAUACAUGUAUGUUUUGUUUGAUAAAGUUCAUAUUUAUAUUUAAAAAUCUGAGUUUACAUUGGCGCGUUACGUUCAGUAGUUCUAAAACAUGCGGUGAUUGUGCAGAGUGCCACAUCAAAUGACAGAAAUACUCAUAAUAAACAUUGAUAAAUUAUACAUGGAACUUUAGAUAAACUUCUCCUUAAUGCAACCGCUGUGUCAGAUAAUUAAAAAAAAAAACUUUACGUAGAAAGCAAACCAUGCAAUAAUCUGAGUACAGCCUUUAGACAACAAAGCAGCCAAAAGAUACCCACCAUAUUGGGUAGUCAACAUUACUCAGAAAAGGCAUUUUAAAUAUUCACUUACCUUUGAUGAUCUUCAUCAGAAUGCACUCCCAGGAAUCCCAGUUCCACCAUAAAUGUUUCAUUUGUUCGAUAAUGUCCACCAGUUAUGUCCAAAUAUCUUCUUUUGUUAGGGCGUUUGGUAAACAAAUCCAAAAGCGCGUUCAGGUCGCGCCGAAUGAAAAGUUCAAAAAGUUCCGUUACAGCCCAUAGAAACAUGCCAAACUAAGUAUGGAAUUAAUCUUUAGGAUGCUUUUAACAUAAAACUUAAUUAAUGUUCCAACCGGACAAUUCCUUUGUCUGUAAAAAUGAAGUGGAAUAUAGCUACCUUCCACGUGAGCGAGCAUGACCGAGGCUAUGGCACUCUGCCAGACCACUCACUCAAAGAGCUCUUAUGAGCCCCUCCUUUUAGAGUAUAAUCUUCAAAACAGGUUCUAAAUACUGUUGACAUCUAGUGGAAGCCGUGGGAAGUGAAACAUAACUAAUAUCCCACUGUAUCUUCAAUGGGGGCUGAGUUGAAAAACUACAAACCUCAGAUUUCCCACUUCCUGGUUGGAUUUUUUCUCUGGUUUUUGCCUGCCAUAUGAGAUCUGUUAUACUCAGACAUCAUUCAAACAGUUUUAGAAACGUCAGAGUGUUUUCUAUCCAAAUGUAUUAAUUAUAUGCAUAUUCUAGCUUUUACGGCUGAGUAGCAGGCAGCUUAAUUUGGGCACAUUUUUCAUCCAAGCUACCCAAUACUGCCCCCUACCCCAAAUAAGUUAAUUUCUCAGAACAAGAAUAGACUGAUGAGUUUCAGAAGAAAGUUAUUUGUUUCUAGCCGUGUAAUCGAACCCACAAACGCUGAUACUCAACUAGUCUAAAGGCCAGUUUUAUUGCUUCAGUAAUUCAGGACAACAGUUUUUAGCUAUGCUAACAUAAUUGCAAAAGGGGUUUCUAAUGGUCUACUAGCCUUUUAAAAUUAUAAACUUGGAUUAGCUAAGACAACAUGCCAUUGGAACAUAGGAGUGAUGGUUGCUGAUAAUGGGUCUCUGUACGCCUAUGUAGAUAUUCCAUAAAAAAUCUGCCGUUUCCAGCUACAAUAGUCAUUUACAACAUUAACCAUGUCUACACUGUAUAUCUGAUCAAUUUGAUGUUAUUUUAAUGGACAACAAAAUGUGCUUUACUUUUAAAAACAAGGACAUUUCUAAGUGACCCCAAACUUUUGAACGGUAGUGUACCUAUUUGUAUUAUUUUUAAUGACACGGCUAUAGCCCUCAUGUGGAGGUCUUGAGAAAGGAAUUGUAAAUGGACUGUCCUGAACUGAAGAGAUUACUGUAUACAGGGUGUGAUUGUAGCUCUGCUCUAUAGGCUUUUUAUAUGAAUGUUCUGAGGUGCUCUGUUGGCUGAAAAGUGUUACUGCAGUGUCUGCCCAUGUCUGACUGUCUUCUCAGACAAAGCACUUUACCUGAAGUUUAACUGAGUGCAGUAUCACACGGCCUUGACUGACCUCAUUCAAUUACAAACACAACAAUAGAUAUUGGCCAGUUGAAAUAGGAAUAACAAAUAGGGCACAUGUCAGUUCUUAGGCUACUAUUUUGCCCCCAAUUUAGUGCGUGUUUAUCAGUGCUGUUCUGUCCAUGGAGUGUACAGUCCCAGUGUUUCUGUUCAGCCUGUUACUCCAUUUGUAAGUCAUGCGAGGGUCACUGUGUGGACUAGCUAUAGUGUAGGUUUGGACAAGACCCACACACCUUGUCAUUGAUUGAAAUAGUGUUACUGGAUAGCAGCAUAUAACAACGCUAUGUAAAUACUAAGAUUUACAGUGCUUUGUCUCUCUCAUACUCUUAUCGAUCAUGUACCUAACUACACAGUAUGCAUGAGAGAAACUGAAUGUUGCAGGGUAGUUGCCAUAGAACUGCAAUGUGCACACAGGAUGUGUUCAAUCAAAUCCACAUGUCUGUUUCCUUAGGGAGUGCUGAAGUGACUAUGAAAUGCAAUCAAACUGAAGUCAGUAUGAAUGUAAUGUGUUUGUAAGAAGGCCUCAGUCUAAUACUAUAAAUAUAUUUACAGUGUAUGUACAUGCUUAUAAACAAGGCUUCAAAAGCUACCAAAUGACCCUGGUAAAGGCACCUUUGUUGCAGUGAAUGUACAGCAUGUGAAAUCUUUUGUAUGAAGGUUCACUUUGGUAAAGUCCGUAAAGUUCAGAGAUGGUUGCUCUGUGUAGCUAGCUUUGAGAGAGACAUUGAAUUCAAGCAGUGUUAUAAUGGUACAGAUGUUUGUGCUAAAUUGCAAAUGAAUGAAAAAAGUGAAUUGUCAUCUUUUACUUUGUACUCUGUGUAUUUGUUCAAUGUGUUUUAAUAAAUCCCCUCGACAACAA